AUGGAUGAGUCGAGCGUGAAGGCGGAGAGGAAGGUGAUUGGAAAAUGCUUCACUUGUCCUAUCUGUAACAAAUUCUUUGUUGAUGCUACCACCAUCAUCGAGUGCAUCCACACUUUUUGCAGGAAAUGCAUACGUGACAAGAUAACAGCAGAGAAUCUGAAAGCUUGUCCGGUCUGCCAAGUUGAUCUUGGUGCUAAUCCUCUUGAAAAACUCCGGACGGAUAACAUAUGGCUAGACUUGAGGAGUACAAUCUUCCCACCAAAGCCAGCAACCAAAAAGCAUAAAGCCAAGAAGAAGAAAAAAACUGUCUCUUCUGUCCUCGCCGCUCCAUCUAGAGUAUCGACCUCAGCUGAUCAAUCAAACACCGACGAUGCUCCACUGGAACCCGAGAAGCUCACCGAGAAAGUGGAAGAUGUUCCUCAGAUCCAGAGCUCGUCUAGACCACUUGUAAAGUACAGGAGACGUCAAAGGAAAAAUCCAAUGCCUAAAAGGUUUAAUGAUAUUGGAUUGGAACCAGACAUUGAACAAGAUGAAGGUGAAAAUGAUUUCGAGAUUGUUCUCAACAUUGAACAAGACAAUGGUUUGGCUGGAGCAGGGGCAUCUGAAGUAUGCAACGGUACCGCAAUAAUUGUUGAGCCAGCAAAAAGUCUGAAUAGCAAACAAAAUCAUGUCUCUGGUGGCGAUACAGAUGAUGAAGUCUCUGGUGAAGUAAAUCAAAACACUCUUGUUAUUAUCUCUGAUGGUGAAACAGAGGAAAUCUUUGGUGAGCAACCAAAGAAGAAUGCUAAAGAAAAUCAAGAAUCGUCUGUCCGUAGCUCAUGUGAUAAGAAACAGAAAGGAAAAGCUUAUUCUCCUCCGGUUUUGAGAUCCCGAAAGACGAGGAAUGUGGAUUCAGCUGGUACAUCACAAAAUGCUAUUUCUAAGGAAGUUUGGUUUACUCUAGCAGCUCUCAAGAAUCAGCACUCAAACAGGCCACUUCCUGAGAUCCCCACUCUCUACUUCAAAUGUAAUGGAAACUUGCCUGUCUCAUAUGUGAAGAAGUUAGUAGCGAAGAAGCUCAAUCUCGAUAGCAAAGACGAAGUGGAGAUAUGGCUAAGGAAAGAGCCAUUGUGUUCGUCACAGUUGCUGCAUACCGUGUUGGAUUGGUGGAUCGAGACUACUCCAAUCUUUGAUCAAAGAAGUGCAAUGAUUGGAAACUCCGGCGAAGAGUUCGUCAUGAAACUCAACUACAGUCGCUCUCACCUCUAUCCCUAA